GGGUCACAAGUAUUCUAACAGGUGUUACAUCGGCUAAUUUGAAUGAAAAUUUUUGAUCAAGUUAGAACUACUAAUGAGGCAGUUGCUAAAAUUGGAUACUAUCGAGGCUAAACGAAAGCUGGGGUUCAAUGGAAGGAUCAAUUCACCCAGGAUUUUGCAACCAGAUCCGCCAAAACAUUACAGCCUGACAAGAUAUGAUAUCGCUUUUGAUUAAAGCUCAAAUGACACCAACGAGCAUGAGUGGCAGUGGUAGGCUUGUGGCUUUCUUCGUUUCUUUCUAUUCUUUUGGCAGCAACUUGAUGACUUUUGCAAGAG